CGUGUUUCAGUUCACGCUCUGGAGUCUGGCUAUGGCGUGUCUCGCACCCGUCUUCCAUGUUCCCAAGCCUUGUCCUCCUGCGCUGCGACAUCGGCCCGGAGCCUGAUCUGUUCCUGUCGUGCUCCUACAUGGUCUCGGAUUCUAGCUUUUUCUGUUCGACUUUGUGAGCCUAGAAUCGGAUUACGCAGUGUGUUUGUGUGGGAGAACGGGACUGGGUGCAGAGACCUAGUCUGCGGUGGAGUAUGCGAGUGGAGGGUGCAAACAGGGUCGGAGUGGCGGAGGUAUGGCGGUUCGCGGGGCGAGCAGGUGUUAGGGCUCUUUCGCAGGUGGGGGUGGCAUGUUGCCAGGGGCGUUGCGGGUAGGGCAGGCGAGUUAGGGAAGAAGUGCUGGGCUUGGACGUUGGGGUGGUGGUAUCGUCUUGGGUGGAUUUUCGUGGCGGGCGUUUGGAGUAGUGAAGACGGAGGCGGGGUUGUAGGUCGCUGUGGCUCUGAGAUGUGUGGGAGAUGUGGACGUGUCGCUGCGGGAGGUGGGAAGGUGAGGUCUCGGCGCGGGCUCGGUGCUGGUGCAUGCGGAGGGAUGCUUGGAGGCCGGGGAUGGUGGUGUUCUAUGGCAUGGCUUGCUUGGAUGAGUUAGAAACUGCUAGUAGAAGAUCAGGUACAGUGACGUUGCGAUGAGAAUAGGUCACGGAGUGAUCUAGGUUUUCGUGGAAUCACGGGGUUGAUGGUACAUUGGCAUUGGGCGCUAUGGGGCGAGGAUCGGGCAUAUGAAUCUUGGAGGAAUUAGGUCCCUCGACGGGGGUGUUUGUGUGUGUGUUUUUUUUUUUUUUUUUUUUUUUUUUUUUCCCUCUCCUUUCUUGCUUCCGGUUUGUUGAUGACCGAAUAGCUUGGUUAUUUGGUAGACAAGGAUUAGCCCGGCGAGGUGAGGUGAGUAGCUGAUCCAUCUAGAUUUGCGAAGUCGAGAGGGUGCGGGUCCCUUAUGACCCCUUUCAUUGGUUGGUGCUCGUGCUGGCAACCGGGUUGGAGUGUAAGUUUAGAGGGUUGCAUCAGGAGUACGAGGUAUUGCUACGAAGCGGGCGGGUCUCCGUGUCUCUCAUAAUGAAUGAGGCCAGGAAUCGGAAGGAGAGAACGGAGAGGCAACGUCCCCUAGGCGACAUUAACAGACGCGCCAUGGCGAGGCCGCCAUUGUCUCCGGCGGUGGAGAUCCCCGUGAAGCGGCCCUCAAGGGCUUGUUCUUCGCGACGACGGCUCUCGAACUCGUCGGAUGGCGGGGGUUUUGUUUCGUCGCCCACCCCUCCCCUGCCGAGAACGUCGUCGAAGGUGUCGAAUGAGAGAAGCUUUUCGGCUGAACUGCCUCCUUCCCGAGCGAGUGCGAGCCGGACGGGCGUGAGGGCGGUAUCGCUUGCAUUGGAUUCGACAAUGUCUCCAGAGCGGAUGGAGCUUCGGGGGCUGUGGGAGAUGGCCGCCGUGAUGAACUUUUUCUGCGUAUUUCGGCCCAUUAUCAAUAACUUGCCGGAGUUCACAAUGGACGAGCUGGAGUCCGCGAUGCUGUUUCCGAAUUCGACAUUAGACACGAUUCACGUGGUGAUGUUGAAGGGGGUCCCACCUGCAGCCAGAGUUCCUCUUCGAGGCGAUACGUGGCCGACCGUUCUGAGCAAGAAGUUCAAGGAUUGGUGGUGGAGGGUAGCCGAAGGUCCGUGUCCUCUGUUACCGUGCCAAGGAGCGGAGCUGGCGACCUACAUGGAUUUGGACCCUCCGACUCGCGUGAGAGUGCUGCUGGCGCUGUGCGAGAUGCGCGUGGAGCAAGAGGAUGCUCGUUUCUACAUUGAUGACUCAGUGAAACGGAGCCAAAUGGCGGAGGUGCGGAAGGAGCGGGCUGGUUGCGGGGCGGAAGGAACGACAUUUUGGCUGGAGGAGGAUGAGAUGCUGGGGCAGAGACUGUACAGGGAGGGACAGGCGAUAAUGCCGCAGCCACCGUCGAAGAAUAAGGCCAGGGGUUGGGGCAGGGGCAGAAACGUGCCACCUCCAGAUCCAGGGAGCUGGGAGACUUGCGCGACGAAUUUCGAGGAGUUCCAGGAAGUAUCGAGUCGGCUGUUGGAGAGUCGGAAUCGAUUGGAAGCGGCGAUGGGAAAGAAGCUGAUGCAGAGUCUGAUGCCCCAAUUGGAAGAGAUUCAAAAGAAGAAGGACCGGCUGGUGAAGAAGCAGCAGCGGGAGGCGGUGCUUCUGGACAACAUGUUGGCAGGGAAUGGGCUUGCAGCAGGAAGGUCACGCAGGGAGCGGAAACCGGUGACGUAUACGUUCGAUGAAUUCGAUCGUUCUAUCAACGAGGCGAUCAAGUUCACAAAGAAGGGCGUGUCCGACACUUCGUUGAGGCGGGAAAGCCUGCGAUUUGGCAAUGGCGUGAACGUGGCGGGCCAUUUUGGGAAGGAGCGGAAUGGUAAUGCCGCAUAUGGUCAUGGCGGGUAUGCUAACGGGGUUGGUGCGGUUAGACGAUCGUCACGCAAUGCGCAGUCACAUCCCGGAGUAGAGUUUGGGGCGGAGGAUGAGGGCGGGGUUGCAGGUUCGGAACCGCAUCUGGUGGAGGCUGACCUGGGGUUUAGCGACGAUGAGAUAGAAGGAGAGGUCGUGUAUCACGACGAUUACCUGGCUGCCAGGCAACACAAAGAGAGGAGCUAUUCCUCGGAGAGAGGCGAGAGCUUGAGAGGACAUGACCAGGAUGAUGUCGAUUUUGAUGAGGUUGGAGAGAAAGAUGGCGAGGAAAGUGAGGAUUACGGAGGUGGUAGCGGUAGCGGAGGCGAUAGCGAUGGGAACGAGGAGCGCGUGAAGAAACGGCAAAGGCGAGGUCCGAAGGUGAGGCUAGUGAACGACCUUUCUCGAGAAGGUGCAUACCGAAACGCCAGACCUGUUCCUGAUCGGGAUGGAGGUGGGGGUCGGGGUAGCGAGGAAGAGGCUAGUGAUUCAGACGAGCGGAUCGUGAGAGACACGCAACAGCGGCUACGGGUGGGCGAAGGAGCGAGAACGGGGAGCGAUGGUCGAGGCGUAGGUGGUACCCUCACGGAGAGAGGUGACGCAGGGUUUGAGGAGGCAAGCGAGGCAAGUGGCAGUGGGUGCAGUUCCCAAAUGCGGAAUGGUAAAGGUGGGGACAUGUUCCAAGAAGAGAGGAAGAGGGGCCACGCAUCUUCGAUGGGUGACGACGCUCAGUCCGUAGGGCACUCCAGGGAACAGUCGGCAGAAUAUUCAGCACGAUCGGGGUCCGGGGAGGAUCAGCAAGAAGCAGGGUCUGUAGAUUUCGACGAGGAGGAAGGCAUGGGCCAGGAAGUGGAGAGCAGUAAAGGUACGGGGAGACGAAGGCAGCUGCUCGAUUUGAACGAGGUUGCCACGGCGGCCCGCGGAAGCAGUCCUGUGUCGGACAAUGGGGAGAGUGAACAUUCGGACGACGAAGGGGAAGACGGGCAUGGUGACGAGGCAGGUUGAAAGUGGGUGUGGAGUGUAGAGGAGUGAUAACAUUGAAAUGGUGACGCAAAUUGAGCUUCGUUUGUAGGUAUGGUGUACAUUAAUCUGAAGGCGGCAGAAACAUUGACUUGGGUUCUUGAGAGCACGUAGAGUAGCCCAAUACUUUAGAAACCUGGACUUUUGAGCGGAGCGGGUUCUUAGAGGCAUAGGCGUGGAGUGAAAGGAGCUCCAGGCGAUAGACGCGGUGGUUGCCUCUUCCUGAGACCUUUUCGGACGGUUGGUUUCCAGAUGCAUAGAUGUUUGUGUUCUGGAACGCCGUUGACAGCACUCGGCACUAAGGUGCUCCUGCCUAUUGGGAAAAGGGGGCUUUGUGCAUGUCCAUCCUGAGCUAUGAAGUAAAACAGACCUUCUAUGAGCAGGAGGAGCUGAAUGAUGUGUGCAGUAUAUUCUGCACACGGCUGUAUC